GCUCCGGCAUUAGUUCAUAACGAAUCAACAGGGCGGCUCGUUUGGAAACUUUGGCUCAAAUCUCGAGAAUAGUUCAACUAAAGCUGUUUGUGAAAACAUUUGAGGCGAGACAUAAAUAAUGCAGUUUCUGAAUAUACCUUCAUUUUUGAUCGAUGGCGACAGUAAAUGCAUUUUUGGUUGCAGUUUCGCGAAUCGUGUAUUUGCGACGGAGGCUGCUCAUUUGCAUAAAGCUGAAACUAUUCAACUCCGACGCUAACAAACCCCUGAUCCACAGUUUGAAGAUGGGUGUAAGCAAGAUGGCAGUGAAGUGCAGGAGCCGACAGGCCUCAUUCACUGCAGAGACACAUGUUGUUUAGAUCAGAGCUCAGACGAGUUUCCCAGGAAGAGAAACUCAGGCAGUCGUUUCCAAUGAGAGGUGAAAUGGAGCAGAAAGGAGUUCAGCUCGACCGGGAACAAAUUUCUUGUUCAGUUUGUCUGGAUCUACUGAAGGAUCCGGUGACGAUUCCCUGUGGACACAACUACUGCAUGAACUGUAUUAAAACCCACUGGGAUGAAGAGGAUGAGACGAGAAUCCACAGCUGCCCUGAGUGUAGGCAGACCUUCACACCGAGGCCUGUCCUGAUGAAAAACACCAUGUUAGCAGUUUUAGUGGAGCAGCUGAAGAAGACUGGACUCCAAGCUGCUCCUGCUGAUUCCUGCUAUGCUGGACCUGAAGAUGUGGCCUGUGAUGUCUGCACUGGGAGAAGAUUCAGAGCCCACAAGUCCUGUCUGGUCUGUCUGGCUUCUUACUGUAAGAAACACCUUCAGUCUCACUAUGAUGCACCUCCAUUAAAAAAACACAAGCUGGUGGAGCCCACUGAGAAGCUCCAGGAGAACACCUGCUCUCGUCAUGAUGAGGUGAUGAAGAUGUUCUGCCGUACUGAUCAGCAGUGUAUCUGUUAUCUCUGCACUGUGGAUGAACAUAAAGGCCACGACACAGUGUCAGCUGCAGCAGAAAGGACUGAGAGGCAGAGAGAAGUCGAGGUGAGUCUACAAAACAUCCAGCAGAGAAUCCAGGACAGACAGAAAGACCUGAAGGUGCUUCAACAGGAGGUGGAGGCCAUCAGUCGCUCUGCUGAUAAAGCAGUGGAGGACAGUGAGAAGAUCUUCACUCAGCUGAUCCGUCUCAUGGAGAAAAGAAGCUCUGAUGUGAAGCAGCAGCUCAGAUCCCAGCAGCAAACUGAAGUGAGUCGAGUCUUGGAGCUUCAGGAGAAGCUGGAGCAGGAGAUCACUGAGCUGAAGAGGAAAGACGCUGAGCUGAAGAAGCUCUCACACACAGAGGAUCACACCCAGUUUCUACACAACUACCCCUCACUGUCAGCACUCAGUGAGUCCACACACUCAUCCAGCAUCAACAUCCGUCCUCUGAGAUACUUUGAGGAUGUGACGGCUGCUGUGUCAGAGCUCAGAGACAAACUACAGGACGUCCUGAGGGACACAUGGACAAACAUCUCACUGACUGAAGUGGAUGUUUUACUGUCAGAACCAGAGCCCAAGACCAGAGCUGCCUUCUUAAAAUAUUCAUGUGAAAUCACACUGGAUCCAAACACAGCAAACACAUGGCUGUUAUUAUCUGAGGGGAACAGAAAAGUAUCAAGAACUAGAAAACAUCAGUUUUGUCCUGAUCACCCAGACAGAUUCACUGAUUGUUGUCAGGUCCUGAGCAGAGAGAGUCUGACUGGACGUUGUUACUGGGAGGUGGAGUGGAGAGGGGAUGGAGUUUGUGUAGCAGUCGCAUACAAGAAUAUCAGCAGGUCGAGCAGCAGGUCGAGCAGCAGGAAUGACUGUGAAUUUGGAGGAAAUAACAAAUCUUGGCUGUUGGAUUGUCACCAAAACAGGUAUAAUUUUUGGUACAAGAAUGUCCAAACUGCUGUCUCAGGUCCUCCGUCCUCCAGAGUAGGAGUGUACCUGGAUCACAGUGCAGGUAUUCUGUCCUUCUACAGCAUCUCUGAAACCAUGACUCUCCUCCACAGAGUCCAGACCACAUUCACUCAGCCUCUCUAUGCUGGACUUGGGCCUCUUGCUGAUGGAAUCACUGCUGAGUUUUGUAAACUGAAAUAGACAAAAGUCAUUAAACGGACAGUGGAUUAAAUUCUGUUUUAAUUCUUCAACGUAUUUUGUCGUCGUGUUUGUAGCUGAGAGCUGAUUAUUUGUGCUGACUGAUUUUACCUCUCAGUGAAAAUGGCUACUCAUUCAUUCAUUUCACUCUUUUUAAAGUCAAAGCAAACUAGUUUGAGCUCUGAUCUAAACAACAUGUGUCUCUGCAGUAUAUUGGGUCUGUCAGCUCCUGCACUUCACCACAAUGUUGGUUACACCCAACAUGUUACAUGCAGAUAGUUUCAGCCUCAUUUGUUUGAGUUUUGACACGUCAAAUUACUUCGUACAGAAGAUGAAUUGAUAUGAAAACUGUUAGUAGCAUGUUGUCCUCUGUCGUCCUCCAGGACUUCUGUUGUUGCUGAGCUUGUCAGUUAAUUCCUUCAUUUAAAGAUUGUUCCAACUGCUUUGGCACACUUACGUCAAAGCCCUUGAAUUAAACCUGAAAGUCUUCACUUUGCUCACAUCCUGCGUGGUGGUGUAGAGGGGCUGAGGGCCAAAUACCUUAUGCUUGUCCCAAUAUACUGUAUAUGGACUUAACUAUAUGUAAUAUCACACUGCGUCAGUUUGUCCACAGGAGUCACAGCCUGCAACACUGAUGCUGAUGUGACAUUUCUUCACCGCUCAGACAUCACCUGCCAGGCAAACAUUAUGGACGGUACAUCUUUUCAUUUGUUGUUCUGUAAAAAUAUUCUAUAGGUAGUGGUGUAAUGAAGUGUUGUAUAAAAUGUCAUUAAAUGAUAAAUGUAACUCUCUUGAUCAUAAUCAGUAAGCAGAUCUUUGAUUGUGUCCUUUCACAUAGCUGAGGUUCUGCUCAUACAAAGUGAUUGUGUGGAUGAAGCGAAUGUGUACAUGAAAUCACUGAAUAAGAUUCACUUAACGGCCUUCACUGACGGUGAUGUGUGAACAAACUGAAGGUUUCUACCAUAAGUUAACAGGCAUGAGAAAAAUCAAUGCAAAACGCUGAUGAGCUGCUUCAGAUGUUUGAAUUCAUGAAGCUCUUAAGUUCAGUAACUGAGCCCGAGUUUGUCAGUUUUGCAGAAACUUGGAGCUGCUUCUUCAGCACUUUAAAAGUAACCUGUUGGAUAUGACGCCUUUUCAUGCUGGAUGACAGAUUAUCUUUAUUACUCAGUUACUUUAGUAAGCAGCUCUGUCAUGCGAGUCCUCUGGCUUCUUGGCUUCAGGG